UACGACUUUAUGGAGGAUGUUGAAGACAUCUCAAGAUAUUGCGUCGGUGGGUUCCAUCCUGUUUCCAUCGGCGACACGAUGAAGGAGGGUCGAUAUCGUAUUGUACACAAGCUUGGUUUUGGCGGUUACUCGACGAUUUGGCUGGCGCUAGACACGAUGCACCGUCAACAUGUUGCAGUUAAAGUAUGCGCUGCACAUACCAGAGAUGGCUCUCUGGAAGAGAAAAUACUGGAGCAUCUCUCACGUUCAAUGCAUGACGAUGGGGCCCGCCCCAGGCAGUACCUGGUACAGACCAUAAUGGACAGUUUUGAUGUCCAGGGACCAAAUGGCCAUCACAGGUGUCUUGUUAUUGCCUCCAGCCAUGAUGAGUAUCCGCGACGCCAAAGAUUUCUCCUAUUCGAGGCUUUUUCGACCAGAAACUGCCAGAGCCAUCGUCGUACAGCUAGUGUUAGCCCUUGACUACGUCCACUCGAAAGGCAUAGUCCAUGCUGAUAUCCAUCCGGGAAACGUCUUCUUUAGGCUACCUCGAACUAUCAACAGUUUGAUACCGGAGGAACUAUACGACAGAUAUGGGGAGCCUGAACUAGAGCAAGUCAGGCGCAAAGACAGCCAGCCUCUAGAUUAUGGUGUUCCGAGCCACCUUGUCGUGCCUGCUAUGCUCGGGAAAGAGAGCGAGGAGCUUGAGGCGGCUGAAGCGGAAGUCAUUCUGAGUGACUUCGGGGAGUCAUUCAUGCCAUCAUCUACGGCUCGGUUCUAUUCCAACGCCCCACUGUCGUUUCGUCCUCCCGAGGCUCGCUUUCCACCUACGGCGUUGGGCUUCCCUGCGGACAUCUGGAGUCUGGCAUGCCUGAUAUGGGAAGUCCUCGGACAACGCCCACUUUUUGAGUCGUGGUUUGCAACAGACGAUCAGGUGCUGGCCGAUGAGGUGGAUCUACUAGGGAGGCUUCCGCCAGAAUGGUGGACCCGGUGGGAUGCCCGCUCAGAAUUUUGGACCGAUGAUGGAGAGUCGGGUAUCAAAUUGGCACCGGGAAGACAUCCAGACACCGUGAGACGAGGAUGGGAUAAGCGACUAGAACAGUGCAUACAACGGCCGCGGCGGGAAGCGGGGUUUGAGGAGAUUGCUGAGGAAGAGAGAACCGCACUGCUGAGCAUGUUGCAAUCAAUGCUGCAAUUCAAACCAGAGCAGAGGAUCACGGCAAGACGACUGCGUCAGGGCAUCUGGAUGGAACGCUGGGCGGGUUGUAAAUCAAACGCUGUGUAGGUAGGAAGGAAAAUAUGACGAUAUUAAUCGAUACCAACGUUCAACCUAGG